CGGGAGCCGCGGGGUGCCCGGGAGCCCCGCCGCGGGGAGGCGGCGGGAGCGCAAGAAAGAUGCCUCAGAACUCGUGGUGUGGAUUUUGAAGGUCACUGAUGCACUUCUGCAAAGUAUUUAUUGCCCGGUUCCAGUUUUGUGUCAUGUAUAUGAGACCACUAAAAUUGAUUUUUUUGUUUCUGCUGGUGUUCUCUGUCAUAACCGUGUGGUAUGUAACUUUCUACUCCAACCCUGUGCUUGAGCACACAAACCUGAUGUAUUUCUACGAGUAUGAGCCCGUUUACAAGCAGCACUACCUCUUCACUCUGCGGGAACGCCUCAAGUGCAAAGACAUCAACCCCUUCCUGGUCAUCUUGGUGUCUUCCAGACCUACGGACGUGAAGUCCAGGCAGGCCAUCAGGAUCACGUGGGGAUCUCAGAACUCCUGGUGGGGACAUCGGGUUCUAACCCUGUUCUUGCUUGGUCAGGACACUGAGAGAGAAGACAGUGCUGCAGCACUGUCGGUGGAAGAUGAAAGCAUCCUCUAUGGUGACAUCAUUCGCCAAGAUUUUAGGGACACUUACAACAACCUCACCUUGAAAACUAUCAUGGCCUUCAGGUGGGCCACGGAGUUCUGUCCCAAUGCCAGGUUCCUCAUGAAGGCUGAUUCCGAUGUCUUCAUCAACACCCCGAACCUGAUCCAGUUCCUUCUGCAGCUGAAUUCCUCAGAAGAUGUUUUUACUGGUUAUCCUCUGGUUGGUAACUAUGCCUACAGGGGCUUUCAGCUAAAGAACUACAUCUCUUACGAGGAAUAUCCCUUCAGGCUGUAUCCCCCAUAUUGCAGUGGGAUGGCUUAUAUCCUGAAUGGAAAACUGGUUCUAAGGAUCUAUGAACUGAUGAGUCAUAUCAAACCUAUUAAAUUUGAGGAUGUUUAUGUUGGAAUUUGCUUAAAUAUCCUUAAAGUGAAUAUCAGUAUUCCAGAAGAUAAUAAAUUCUUUUUGUAUAAAAUCAAUUUUGAUAUCUGCAGGUACAGACAUUUGAUUGCAGUGCACGGCCUCACAUCAAGUGAAAUAAUCAGGUUUUGGCAGGAAUUGUCAUCAAAGACUUCGGUUCCUUGCCCUUGAGUCGGUGCUAACAUAUAAACUUCAACCUGUUCCUUGUAAAAACAUUGGAAGUCCAGGGCAGCACCAAACAAAACCAGAGGUGCAGAGGUGACUUGGACUGGGGCAGGGUCGUGCUGCUGGGCAGAGCUGCAGGGGCAGCUUUUCUUGGAGACAUUCUCCUGUCCUCCAGUAAAAAUGGUAGGCACUCACAACACACUUUUCCAUGAGUGCAGGAUACUUGGGGGUACGCUGUCCUGCCUGCCUAUCUCUGACACUUCUCCAUGGGCUCAGCUGUAAGCACAGGAUUCUACCCAAGUCUCAGGGAAUGUUAUGAAAUGUCACUGAGGAAUAAUGUCUAUGCCAAGGAACUAGCUUUGAAGGUGCUUCCAAAUUCCUACCUGCAUUUUAAAAAUUGCUUUUGGAACUGUUGUCCUUUGCUGCCUUCAAGUGUUUGUCCUUUGCCCAACAACCUCCUUUUAGCAACACAUCCCCCCUGCAGUCCUUCUGGGAGUCUCACACCUUCUUAUGGAACACAUCACCUCCCUAAUCCUUCUGAGUGUUGCAAUCCUGUGGAUCCUGCUGAAGCUGAUGAGAAAUGAUGAAAAUGUGAGUCCUGUUUCUCAGAGAAGACAAACUACUGCAUCUCUGUAAAGAUGGGUGUUCUAAUCACUUUAUUCAUAUCAGCAAGGCCAAGUUUUCAGUACUUUACACUUCUAACAGACAACAAUACAGAAUUUGCAGUUGCAUUAACAUAAUUGUUCUUGACACAUCCACUACACAGUGAAGAUACUAUAGUUACAUCCUGUACAUGGAGAAUGACAGAGCACUGCCACCUUCUUGUCCUACAGCUACGGUGCUAUCAUGUAUUUACAUUUGGCUGUCUUUCUCAUUGUCUCUUAGAGACAAAUUAGAAGAGGUGCAGAAACCUCUAGUACCACAUCUGAGGUUUCACCAGGUUUUUUUGUUACGUUGUGGUUAUGGUCAGUAUUGGAUUUUGCUUUUCAACGCACAUGGGUUUGUGAUGAAAUUAGAGGACGUGUUAAUUUUUUUAGGUAUAAAAAUGAGGUCUUGGGGAGAAUACUCUCUAGCCAAGUAUUUCAGAUGUCAGUGUUACAAGAAUGUAUGUUAAGGGCAAAGUUUUUAAAAAAUAGAUCCUUUCGGUAAACUAAAUAGCUAAAGUAUUGCAUAACAGAGGGGAGAAGGCUGUUGUGUUCCUAGGAACAGGCACAACUACAGCUGUUCCUGUGGUGGUAGGAUCUGGUGUUUGAUUGUUGUCCUGUGGUCAGAUCCCAAGAGCUCUGUGAGAAGUAUUUAACUUGUUCUUUGACUGUUCAUAGAUCCUAAAAAAACCCACAAUGCUCCCUUUUACUUAUAGGCCUGCUAUGUUCAAUAUUGAGAAAUAUAUUGUCACAAGAACACUGAUACUACAGCACGAUUUGUAUUGCUUUUUCAAAAUAAAUAAUGUCAUUAAGAAAGAC